AUGUGUUCGGCAAGUGAUCGCCUGUUUGAGGGUGCUACACCCUCCUUUAGUUUAUCGACAAAGGCACCGGAGAACCUGCAACACCGUGACACACAUAUAGGCAACACCACGGAACCCCAUCGACAUCCGGUCAACAGGCGGCCAACGAAUCGCCAUCAACGGAAGCACCUCCAAAGGUGCCGGAACCUCUGCCGGAGAUUGUCAGCUUCAUCGUCCUGCCUGUUGGUGCUAUGCCUGCUCAGUGUACUCCUGCUAACCGUGUCCGGUUCGCCACAAUCAUCACAAACGCAUCAUCACUCACUCCAUCACGGGCACCAUAACCAACCACACGGAGGUGCCGGUCAUUCAUCCGGUGGUCCUUACCAUCAUCCUGCGGGAGUCAGCAAUGGGGGUGCAUCAUCAGGAUCUUACGGCGGAACGUCCGCUAGAUCCAGUGGAAGUGGCACUUCCUCGAGUGGACUCGGCGUGUACAUGUUACGAUCACCGGAGUACACCAUCGCACCCGCUGACGACGAGGUCUUGUUCGAGUGCGAACUCAAUCUACUCCCGGAACGGCUCGAAUGGCGGUUUCGAGCGCAAGGAACCGCUGGCCAGCGAAAGGACUACGUGUACAUUGGUCGAAACCAACCCGGUUACAACGCCAGCACCGUGGACAGCAGGUACAAGCUGCGAGUUUCCGUCAGUGAGGCCACGAUCGGGGAGUACCAGUGUGUGGCGUGGUUUGGAGCAUCCGCCAUUGCGUCGAUUCCGGCCCAGUUAACGUUGGCCACCAUCGGGUUGGAACCGGCCAACGAAGGUGUUCCAGGCCGGCAUGAUCGAGUACCGACGACGAUGCGUCGCAUUCAACCGCAGCAACACUUCAAAGUAUUCCCGGGCAACAGUAUUAUCAUCGAUUGCGGUGACAUCGUCUCGAAACCAGCGCCCAUCUGGAGCUACUACAAGGAUGGCAUCUCGUUCGUGCCGAACGUGACGACGCUUCAGACGGGCCGGCGGUUGAUUCUGACCGCACUGACAGUGCACGAUUCCGGCACGUACUGGUGCUCGGCGAUCAACUCGAUCACGAACAGCGAAGUCAUCCUGCCGCAGCGCACGACGGUGCAGGUCGAGUAUAUGCCACGAUCGGCACCACGUGCUUUCACACAACCGCAAAACGUGUCCGUUGCACCGAGUGAAACGGCUCUGCUCGAGUGUCCCGGUGUGGGGAAUCCUGUGCCAACGCCGGCUUGGACACGUGCUAACGGGCUACCCCUGAAUGGACGCGCUCGAAUUCAGGAUUACGGGUUGCAGCUGUCUAACGUGCAUCCGGAAGAUGCCGGACAGUACCUUUGUCGGAUGCAGAAUGGCAUCGAUCCACCGUUGCUUCAUUCGGUGUGGUUGACCGUGCUGGAAGCGCCAAGUAUCAUUGCGCCACCUCGUUCAACGUUGACCAACGAAAGUGACAGCCUCGAGCUGGAGUGUAUAGCACGCGGAUCACCUCCACCUGAGAUUUACUGGAUGAUCAACGGCGAUUACGCGCAGUGGGACGAAUUGAUCCGUGCGAACGGUACACGGAUGGUGAUCCAAUCGGUUGAAAAACGGCACGCCGGCAUCGUGCAGUGCUUUGCACGGAACACGGUCGGUGAAACGAGCGAAGGCAACCUGCUACAGGUCAUCCCGAAGCAAAUCCCGGGUGGCGUCGGAACGAUUCCACUUGGUUCCGUACCGGCUGGCACGAAGGUUGGAGGUGGUGAACACACGCCCAAGCGGAAGGGUGGCAAGAAGCACAAAAACCUGGUGAUGAUCCCACCGUCGCGGCCAAACAUCACACGAUUAACGGACGAAUCGGUCAUGGUACGAUGGUCGGUACCAUCCAGCGAUGGGUUGCCGAUUCAGUUCUUCAAGGUGCAGUACCGCACGCUCGGUGAUCCGGCCAAAAACAUCGCACGCACCCAAUGGAUGACGGAAAACGAGGACAUCCCUCCGUACACGCGUUCGUACGAAGUGAACAACCUGAAAUCGGACCACCUGUACCGGUUCCGCAUCGUGGCAGUGUACUCAAACAACGACAACAAGGAAGGUGCGGCCUCCGGCAAGUUCCACCUUCAACGCGGUUCCCAACUCGGACUCACCAAGAAUCACCUGCUCGCACCGACCCUCACGCGCAUCGAACCCGUCUCACAGCACGCCGUCGUCCUGCAGUGGCAAUUCCCGCAACAUUUGCCACAUCCGAUCGACGGGUUCUACGCGUACUAUCGACCCGCGACCACAGCCGGCGAAUACUCGAAAGCCACGGUGGACAGUGCCACAGCGCGACACUUCAAAAUCGAUCACCUCGAGCCGGGCACGGCGUACGAGUUCAAACUGCAGUCCUUUACGGCUUCGGCGGCAUCCGAUUUCAGUGCAAUCCUAACCGGAAGGACGCUGAAACCACCCACACCACCCCCGACCGUUCCGACGGUGAUCGCGGCCGCGGAAGGCGCCGAUGGUGGCCAGGUCGUGUCGGUUAACUAUCUGCUCGUGAUCGGUUGCGUGCUGCUCGUAUGCGCACUGCUUGUGUCCUUUCUGUGCUGUUGCUUUAACCGACGGAAGAAACGAGGACACAGUUCGGACGAAACCGACACCAAAGUGCACUUCCCGGUCGACCAGAACGGGUUCGCCGGUGCGGUCGGAAAUGGUGGACCACGGGUUACGCAUCACAAGGGAACGCGCGCGAAUGGAAUGAACGGCCGGAUGAAUAUUACGCCAAACCCGCUGGCCCAGGACGGGGACAAGAAUCGCACUGUGAUGGAGCUGCGCUUCCUGCCGAACACGCUGGUGGACGCUGGUGAUCAGCAGCAGCAGCAGCAACAACAGCAACACUCCUCCCAAUCACACCAACAAGAUCCGACGGCCAGCAGCAACCCCAUCGAGGGUGGAUGGAGAAGAAAGAAGCGCACCGUACCGGUGGUAAAAUGUGACCAACCCCCGAAGGACGACAACACUGGUGGUGGAGGCGAGGCGACUGACGAAGGCGACGAUGCGAAUCCAAUGGCAACGACGACAACGACAACGACAACGACACCCACAACAACGACGACGAUGUCGGGGGAAUGCACCACUAAUAACAACCAUCAAUCGAUUCCCAACCAACAGCAGCAACAGCAACAUCACCUGCAGCAGCCUCACAUGGUCGGUGGACUUCCGCCUCUGCAUCAUCCAAGCGCGGCCACAGCAGCCAUGAACAGCUGCGGAAUACCCCAGCAACAGCAGCACCAGCAGCAGCAGGAACAGAUGAUGCUGGCCUCAAUGCCACACCGGCGUACACUCGAACGAACCGGCGUGAGACCGAUCCCAAAUGGAGCAACCGUAGCGUACGGUGAUCCGAAGCAGCACCAGCAGCAGCAGCAGAUGUUGGAUGACUCCAUCCGGCAGUCCUCGAUCCGGCGGACACGACGAGGAUCGGGUUCCGUACCGGGCAGCCCACGGAUUGGCCGUGGCCCUAGCAGCGAGUUCCUUCAGCAACAACAGCAGCAAGGGCAGGGCGUGACGUCAGUGGCCAGAUCACCGAUGCCGAUGCGAGCGGCCGGCUUGAAGCGAUCGGCGGCAGCGGCCGCAACACGGCUUGGCCGUGCCGAGAACAUGUCCUCGGGCAGUUUGAACAGUAUUGAGGUAUGA